UCAUUUGUCUGUGGUCUCGUCUCUCUGUGUUGUGUUGUGUUGUGGUAGAGUUGAUAAGAAAACAUGUUUUUGAAUAAUUUAAAGUCAGUUUUCUUGUUCUAGCUUCUAGGAUUAUUAUACGUAUUACGUUUUGACCAAAUUGGGUUAUAGCCCACUUUACGAGAAUAUAAAUAUAAAUAUCUUGUUGUUUAAACAUGGCAGAGGAUCUAAAACCAGUAAAUGAAGACGACUUGAAGCAGUUAAAAGAACGGAUGAAUAUAAUAGUUAGCGCUGAUCCGGAACAGUACCACAACGAUUUCUCUCUACGGCGGUAUCUACGUGCCUUCAAAACUGUCGAUAACGCUUUCCAGGCAAUAAUAAAAACGAACAAAUGGCGUGCAGAGUAUGGUGUGAGUGACUUGCACAAGGAUGCUGAACUGAUAGAGAAGUACUCGAGCAAGGCCCGCGUGCUGAAGCACCGCGACAUCGUCGGGAGGCCCGUCGUCUACAUCCCCGCCAAGAACCACAGCUCCAGCGACCGCAACAUUGAUGACCUCACCAAGUUUAUUGUUUACUGCUUGGAAGAUGCCAGUAAAAGAUGUUUCGAGGAAGUGGUUGACAACCUGUGCAUAGUGUUCGACCUGAAUGGGUUCACCCUCUCGUGCAUGGACUACCAGGUCCUGAAGAAUCUGAUCUGGCUGCUGAGCAGGCAUUACCCGGAGAGGCUCGGGGUAUGUCUCAUCAUUAAUGCACCCACAUUUUUCUCCGGGUGCUGGACUGUUAUUAAAGGAUGGUUGGAUGAAAACACCUCAAGUAAAGUAACCUUUGUGAACUCCGAGAUGGAUCUCUGUCAGUACUUGAUACCGGACAUCUUGCCGACUGAUGCUUAACAGGCAGUCAGAUGGUGUCAGGACCAUCCUUAUGAAAAUAUUGACAAGGCAAUUAUCAUAGAGAAAUGAGUAAGAAUCAUACAUCGGGGUUUUGGGAGCGGGAAUGAUUUACACUAGCCCAAAAAGGGUGAAAACGAUGAACAACAGACAUUACUGUAACAUUUCUAGGUACAUUAGGAGCCCAGAUACAUAGUUUAAUCUAUAUUUCAGUAAUUCAAGUUACUAUAAACAGAGUUAUAAAUACACAAAUUCAUUCCCGCUCCCAAAACCCCGAUGUAUGGUAAGAAUAGUGUGCCUACACCAUACCUCAAAGUUUUAGUAUCAACACCAUUAUGUGGAUAAUGUUAGUGAAUGUGUUAAAUCAUAUUAUCAUAAUGGUUUAGUAUGAAAACUGCUGUAUGAAGUGAGCACAUUUUUUACUUAUGUAUUUCUCCAUGGACUGGACAAGGUACAUGAUUUUGGGUAAAAGUAGUGUAUGUAAAAUUAUUUACCUGUAGGCCUAAGUUAUCAUUUGUAAUUUUAAGUCUAUUUUCUGUCACUGUGUGUCACUUCAAAGCCUAGGUAAAGUUGACAGGGACAAAUUUAAUAAACUCAAUGAGUUCAUAGGUGGAAUAUUUUAUUACAUGACGUAAAUUAUAA